CCCGCUGCCCCCGGCAGCCCCUCGCCCCGGGCAGCGCGGAGGGGCGGCCCCCCGCUCCGCCCCGCCCCCGGGUGGGGGUGUCCGGCCGUGCCCGGUUGCUGAUCACCUCAGCCGGGCCAGGCCGCUGGGGCUCCGCCGUAAUCAAACUUACUUAGUAACUUCCCCGUUGUGGCGGAGCCAGCACCGUCCCGGCGGCGGCGGCGGCGGGUCCUUUGAGGAACGAGCCUGUGCCCCGGCAGGGAGGGCGCUGAUCGGUGUUGAUGAAGUGAUCGUUUUCCUCUGGUCUUAAUGUGAUCGUCUCAACCAAGACCUUGUUUUCACUAUGAGAAGAAAAUCAGGUUGUAUGGAUCGGCUGCAGCAGAAAAGGCAAAUUACGAUUCUUCUUCCUUGCUGGAUUUUUUCGAUUCCGUUGAAUGUGUAAUUCCAACUAUGGCAACAAGAGUAGAAAUAAAUUCUACUUUGGCGUCUUUGACAACAGUACCUGACUUAAAUGAAAUCAGAAAAGAGGAUAAACCGCAGCGUAUGUAUGUAAGUGUGCUUUCAGAUGCAAGUAACAAGACAAAGGAGCCUCCAGCAUCACUAAGUCUGGAAGAGAAGAACCAGUUUGGGAGCGCUCUGAGAUCCGCCACGAUGCCGUCGCUGGGAUCAAGGCCAAGACUUUUCCCAAAGCCUUUUUCUAAAGAGAAAUCUUCAGAUACUUUUGCAAACGUAAAACCACCUAUUCCAGCUUUCAGAUCAAGCAGCCUUGUUAGAAAGGCCACCGAGGAAACAUCAUCUGUUAAGGUAUCGAGUGGAAACAUUCCUCCGUUAGUAGAUCAGAAAGCAAUUGAAAAUGAAAACAAGGCUGGCGGUGAAGUAGUCACAAACAUGACUUUCUACACUGGUCCCAGUGCAAAUACUGUCAUUCUUUUUGAGACAGCGGGCACAGAGCAAUCGAAGGUAAGCCUGGCCCAAGAAAAAAGGGCUGCUGAUGAGUGCAGGGUGUUCAGUACUGUGCAAACGAAAGAGCUUCAGUGCAGCACGAAGCUGGAGAAACCAUCUCAGCCAUCAGAGACAUCCAGGAACCCUGAAGCAUCUCUUCACAGGCAGAUAUCACUGUCCUCCAGCCUUAGACCAGUCUCUUGGAACUCCCUCAAAAGUGGGGAAAAAAAAGAUACUUAUGAGGGUCAUCCAGGGGAGAAAAACAAUGGUGAUGCAAAUAAAAUCAACAGUAAAGUUGAUUUCUCUACUGAUGUGCAGCAAAGGCCAAAACCUAGACCAGUAUCUGCUGUUUUUUUGGAAUCAUUACGAGAUCAAAAGCAUCGGCCUGCGGAAGAUUCUGAGGAAAAAUCUCCUACAGAGAAAUCCUGGGUUAGAAAACCAAGACCUUUGUCCAUGGACCUGACAGCCAAGUUUGAACAUAAAGAUCUUUCUCCUUGCAAGAACACUUGUUCAUCUCACGAAAGCAAAGAGAAUGUAUCGAUAGCUUCAUUUACUGACGUGGGCUGUCACGAUCAGUCUGAAAUGGAGCCAAAAACUGAAGAAACUGAAUUUAAUAAAGGCAGUUCUUUUAAAACAAAUCUGAAGUGCAGUAGUCAGGACACUGGCAUCCUAAAUAAUGGAAAAUAUGUAUGGGAGACGAAGCUUAAAUCUAAAAGUGAACAAAUUGAGACAAAAUCAGAAAUAACGAUUAACUUGCACAGGUCUGAAAGAAGCCAUGAAGCCACUAGUGAAAGCAGAACUAAUAAGGAGGGGAAAAGACCAGAUCAAAAGGAAACGUGUAUGUUUCUAGGCUGUGAAAGCCCUGCGGCUUCCUCGGAAAAAGGGAACAAUAUCAUAAGAGGCAGUGUUAAAAAACACAUUAGUUUGUUUACUUUGGAAAAUGCUGGUACCUUAGUGGACACAGAGCUGCUCCCAUCAGCUGCUGAGAAGGAAAACAGAUGCGGGAACAUCCAGCAGAGAAUCAAAGAACUGACAACAGAAAAUACCGAUGUCAAGCCAGGAAAUCUACGCCGGUCACUUCAAUCACGACCACUUUCUGCAGACUUAACAAAGAUGUUUUCAAGUCUGACAUCAAACAGUGAAGCAAAGCCUGAGAAACCUCCUGAAACUGGAAACGACCCUGUCAAUGAGAUGCAAGAAAAUCCAAAAAGUAAGGACAUGAAGCUUGCAGAUGGCACAGACCUCACUGAAGCGCCUGCUACCGGGAACCCAUGGAAACCCCGACAAGUUUUAAAAAUAACAAAUAAACCUGAUCAGCUAGAGAGAAAAGGAAGCUUCCUUGGAGAUGAUCAGCGUUUUCCUCAGCAAGGUGAAAAUACUGUCUCGUUCACAAGCAAUUUGGAAAAAAAAUUAAAACCGACCACGCUUAUGGAGAAGACCUACAUUAAAACUGUCCGAGCCACCAUGUUCGACCAUAACGUUCAGAGACAUAACAUUGCUGCUGAUCGUCCUGGAACUGAUGCCGCACUGAGAGCGAAUAACGAGCUCGAGGCCAAGCGGGAUGCGGUGGCGCUGGGGCACAACAGACGGUCGUGGAUGGGAGGAGUGGAGGACACCACUGGUAUGAAAAAGGAGUAUCAGAAACAACCUGAUUUAUCGAAACAUACAGCAGAUGCAGACAAAAGCGAAAAACCAGCUUGUUCAAGUGAAGACAAGAGAAUUACUCCGGGAAUUCUUUUAGAAAAAUCUUUGGUUGAGAAGAGUGAAAAACCCGCUCCUAAAAACACAGGAGACUCUCUAAUGUACCAAAGAAUAGAGCCGAGAUAUGAAAUCUUUCAGACGUGUGGUGAAAGAGCUCUUAGUGAAGCCAUUACGAUGGCUCCCGAGAAAAAGGCCAUGACACUCAGAACUAGAAAAUCCUCUAUGAAAGAGAAUAAAAACGAUGAGGAUGUUUUACACGCUGGUCAGUCGCUGAGGACAAAUAGUAAAACUCUCUACUUGAAAGAAGUUAAUGUUAUUUCAGAAGCUAGAGACGCAAAAGGUUUUAUGAGCAAGUCUGCAUUGAGAGAACGUACUGAUUUUUCCUCCAGUGAAUGUACUUUGCCUGAGCAGAAAACAGAUCCUAAGAAAACUGAAACUGAUCCAGUAUUAAUAGCUGAGAAAAUACCUUAUUCUACAAACAGCAGUAAAUAUUUGGCAAUGAAUGAAACAGUAAACAAACUGCAUUCUGAAAUUAAGAAUAAGAGCGAAGUCUCUCCCAUGGAUAGAACAGAGAGGUCUGAUGUGAUUAAAGGCUCUUCUGAGAAAAGGAGUUUUCGAGCAGGUGGGACAGACAGCCAUGAAUUCAGAACCAACUUUGAUCAUGAAGUUAGUUCAACAAGUAUAAAUAAACAUGGGGUCCAGUCAUCUUCAGUGUUUUCAAGCGGGCAGUUCUCUAAGUCUUCCAGUAGCCAACAUCCUGAUAUGAAAGUACGAACCAUGAAGGAGGAAUCGAGGGCAUUCGGUUUAAGGAAAAGUCUAGACUUAAAUCGUAAAGAUCAAGACUUCAGCUUAGAUAGUACAGCUCAUGAAAACAGCGAAAAAAUCAGAAUAAUAGAUCCGGAAGAAAAAGUCAGGAGGACCAGAAGUAGCGUUUCUGACUUGAAGAUUUCGGAAAGGUGGCGGCGGAGGACGUUGCCUCAGGAUUCUGUCAAGAUGGAAGAAGUCGUCUGGCUCACUCCUGAGCACAUCAAGAGGCUGAGUCGCACGGAUUCAUUGCAGUUGGAUGAAGGUUCAAAUAAAAAACGAAGCAAAAAAAGCGAAGAAGGGCUGGAAGGGAACGAAGCGAAUCAAACUGGCCUUGGCAGUCCUGACGAUUGCUUGAAAAAUCCGAGUUCUGCCUUGGAGCCAAAGGCAACUUAUUUUGCGGUGACUUAUCAGAUUCCUGGUAACAAGAAAGAGAAAAGUUCUGUUAGUGCUCCCAGCACAAGUGAAACUAAUUCAAUUUCUAGGUCAAGUGAGGGAGCAACAGUUAAUCUGGACCCUGUUUUUCCUGGAAGGUCUAAACCUUUAUUGCAGCAGCCAAAUAAAAAUACAACAAGUACAGACUGUAGAGAAGACUCCCGGGAAGUGCAUGUUAACAGGGAUUGGGUCAAAGAAGAAGACAAAGAUGAUAUUUUUUCCAAAACCACUGCAGCUGGUAGUUGUCGUGUAUAUAGAAAAGAUAGCCAACAGUAUCACGAAAGAGGUCUGGAUCAUUCUAAAGAGAAAAUGAUAGAUGUUGAUGCUUUCCUGUUACAACAGGAUCUGGAAAAUACAGCUCCAACUGAUCUCAAAAGUAGCAGAAGAAAAGUCUCCUCUUACCAUGAACCCAAAUCCCCCCUGCGUUUCACACAGUCAGGUAAGGACAGUGAACUAGUGCCCCAGAAAAACUGUGAAAAUAAUUACGAUUCCUCUGGAAGGAAGGCUGAGGAUGGCUACAGAUCCCAAAUUCUCGAUAUCGAUGCGCUCAUGGCAGAAUAUAAAGAAGAAUCGGUGAAGGCCAGUAACGUUCAAGAUAAGUCGUCUAAAGAUCACAGUUUAUUUAAUAGAGAGAAAACAAAGAACAAAAGAAACGUGUCGGAUAGGACGACUUCUUCCUAUAGCUGGAAAGAGCGGAAGGGAUCAGAUGAUGGUUCUGUUAAUAGCAAACCAGGUGACAGUGUGGAAGAGUACCACAGGCCAGAGAAAUUAAUGCUGAAUGAAAAGAGCAAAGACAAACUGGAAUCCUGUGGCAUUGAAAUCGAUAAACAGAAGGCUAAAGACAGAAAGUUCAGCCCUCCCCAUUGGGGAAAUCCCAGCAGCUUCUUUUCGGAUAAAUUUGUAAAUUCACCUGUGGAUUUCACUAGAAAGAAAACUUUUAUCGUUGAUGAAGAUGAAGAAGUGAACUUAACUUCCAGGAGCCAGAGUUCAAAAUUUGUGAUUGACAAGGUACAGCCUGUGCAUGCAGUUAGUACAGACCAAAAGCUGGAAGUGAAUUUUGCUUCCAGGUUGUCCAUGAAGACAGAUGAUGGGCUGUUACAGAAGAAGCCGGUGACAAAAGAACCGUUCUUGGAGGUGUCUCGAGAAAGCGAUUGGAGCAAAAAUGUUGUGAGGAGCUUGGUAACGAGAAGCAAGGACCACGCAAGUAAGAACGACUCUUCCAGCGCAAAGAGUAAAACCGAUUGGAAGAGCUCUACGUCGGUUUUAGGAAGCGCACCCCCGGAUUUGAGACGGUCCUAUUCGGAGAAGAUCCGCCAAGGAAAAGACAACGUCGCGCUGGUGCCGGAGGUCUGGGGGAGGAAGGAGCCGUCCCGGGGCCGGCAGAGCUGCCCGCUGCAGAGCGCGGACGGGGGCUGGAGACACAAGGUGUCCUCUCACUCGGAAUCCUUCUUCUAUGAGGAUAACAAGGUUUCUAGGAAAGAGUGGACCAAGCAGAGUUCAGACAGAACAGACUUCUCCUCGGUUUCUGCUCCAAGAAGCCCCCACGGCUUUUAUCAGGACAGAAGAGCAGAGAAGGGGCCGGACCAGCUGAAGCAGUGCUUCUCCAGGCAGCCCCCGGACGCCAAGGACACAGACACGCUGGUGCAGGAGCCCGACAGCCAGUACGGCACCUGGAACGAGCAGCGGCACAGCGGGGACAGCUUUGUGCCUGAAUCUCCGUCCUCGGAAAACGAUGUCAUUUCGACGAGAAAACAGCCUCCAAAUAGCCACCCGUCUUCCCUGUCCUCUCAAACGGAACCCACCUCCCUGGCCGAUCACCAUGACUUCUCCAAAGACCAAAGGAGCAGGAGUUUGGACCGUUCCAGCACUGACAUGGACUCUACUGACGGGACAGAUUUACCUCCUGUUGGGGACACCUACCCGGAUGGCAAGACCACCGAUUUCUCCUUUAUCGAUAAAACCACCGUUCUGGACUCCAGUGCGCUGAAGACUCGCGUGCAGCUCAGCAAGAAGAGACGCCGUCGGGCUCCUGUUUCCCACUCUCUUAGAAGAAGCAGAGGGCUAGAGUUUGAAAACAGAUUUUCUUUGACGGAAGAACCAGAUAACACCUGGAUGUUUAAAGAUUCCACAGAAGAGAAGAAAACUAUGCAACAGGAAGAUUCUGAUGAGGAAGACAAGAUACAGCACACGGCGAGAUCAUCUUCUGUCCAAGCCCAGAGACUGCCCAUAUUUCCAGGGAUGGACCACUCUGCUCUCAAGGCCCAGCUGCGGAAAAGACAAGUGUCUGAGAGCCCUGGUGAGCAGAGUUCUGCUCAGCUGUUCAAAUCCCCUAAACCACAGCUGCAGCUCGGAGCUGCCGGUAGCAGAGUGCUGCCCUCCAGCGUGGAGAAGGAGGACAGGCCAGAAGAAAAGUCUCCUCAGUGGCUGAAGGAGCUGAAAUCAAAGAAGAGACAGAGCCAUCAUGAGAAUCAGGUCUGAAAAGAUAGCAAAGAAGAUAAAGAAGUUUAACAGAAGCCUUAACUCAUCUGAACUUAAAAUUCACACGUCAUGUUGCUGCUGUUUGCUUCCUGCCUCAACUGCUAUGUGCAUGGUGCCUUCCUGUUUUGUGGAGAAAGCUGCUUAAAAUUCAUAGUCAAAUACAAAGCUGUAUCUCUUGUGGUGUGGGAGGACAGUCACUUUAGACCUGCCUGGGAGAAGAACCGGUGGCUCUUAGUUUGUCACUUCGGAAGGUCCUGGAAGGUCGUGAUGGCUGCUCUGGGAGUGCUGUGCGCCGGGGAGUCCCCUCGCUGCUCAACAGAGACAACACGGGUGUUCAGUGGCUCAAAGUGUGACUUCUGGUGGCCGUGUCAGGUGUAAGGCUGGGCUUUGUGUUUGUUUAUGAAAAUAACAAUUUAAAUCAAAUUUAUCCUUUUUUUUUUUUUGGUGUGAAAAAGUACGCUCCUAUUUAGAAUGAAGUUUGUGGAAGGUGAGAGUGAAAGAACAAACAAUGUUUACUGCCAUAUUGAAAAAGGAAACUUGAUUAUUUUUUGUAAAAUGUAUUUUUGAUUGGCUUAUAUUUACAUGUGAUCUGCUGACCUGGCAGAUGGAUAUAAUUUUUAGAUGAACAAAAUGUUAACUUUUGUCACUCUUGAAAUGGUAUAUUCUGUGUUUUGUCAGCAUGUGGAAUAAUUGCUUCAUUGGGAUGUCUUUCCUAAAAAGGAUCAAGCAAUAAUGUCAACCAGUUCUCUUUAAAAAAAUAAAUGUAAAUACUGUUUUUAUAACAAAAAAGGAAGGGAAGAGGGAGGAUGUUACACUCAUAUCAGGGUUCCAGUUAAUUGUUGAAUGUCACUUUAAUAGCAGUUUGGAUAGUCCCACUUCAUAUUUUUAUUCGUUAAUCUGUAAAUACCAGGGUUAAGUUUUUAUUUUUAUGCUGAUUUUGUGGGAUAACCUAAAUGUGAUCUUCGGUUUCUCAGAUGAUUUACUUUUCUUCUUUUGGUAAAACCGACGUUAUAAUAGUGGUAUAGAUAUCUCAUGCAUAACACGGGUGUGAUGACGAUCUCAAAUAUGUUAAUAUCUUUGAAUACAGAUUCUGAAAUACCAACCAAGAUGUCCAUUGAAGGCAUACUUUAUUCUUUCCCCAAAUAAGUGCUCUUUUCAGUAAACCUUUACAAAUGUAGCCCAACGAGGGAGGUUUUUCCAUCGUGUCCGUAUUCGAUGAAGAAAGCAGCAACAUGGAGACCACCGGGGGCUCCGGUGCCCUCCUGCAGCAGGUGCUGCUCCUCGCGUUGCCCUUCCCCUGCCCUCAUAGCUCUAGGUAUUAAAGCACCAGCACUUGAACUCAUUUUCCUCUUGUUAUCGAUCAGUGUUUUGGAAAGCUCGCUGUCCGCGGGGUCACCACGCCUGGGCUGGCUGUCGGGCUCCUCCUGCCAAAACCGCGUGCCAAUUCUUCUCCUGGAGGAGCCGCGGCCGAGGUGGAUCUUAGUCCUGCUCUGCUCGUGGGAAAUAGAGCAGCGUGCCAGGAGACAAGUCCCAUCUGUGCAUCUCUCUCUCCCAGAUUUAGUUCCAAUAGCAGCUCCCCGUACUUAACGGAGAUGAAAUGAAUACAUUUCUCUUACGUAAAAAAAUCUUUACGUGCUGCUUGGCCCAGUUUCACAUCAGAGCUGUUGCCACCAUUACAGUUUUAUAGCCCUUUCUGCUACCAAGUAAGAAAUGAUCACCCAAGAUUCCUGCCGAGCGGCUUUAAACCCCGGGCGAUGGGCUUUGCUUGAGUUCAGUCAACCAGACUGUUAAAGAGCUCCUCUUCAAACGUUGCACAUAUUUUCUUCUCCCCUUUUCUUUAGACGAUGGUGGAAGAGGCAACUCUUUAAGAUAAGCUUUGCAUACGUGUCCUUUGGGUGUUGUUUAAGGCAGCGCUCUGGGUUUACCAUCGGGUGUAAGCCACGUGUGACACGCUCAGGCCAGCCCUGAGCAGCAGCGGCUGCAGCUGGGACAGGACAACGAAAGGGUUUUGUGACCAUGACCCAGCUGACGUGGGGCUUACCUUAAACCAGGCCUAGAAAUCAGGUAAAUUCUCCUUGCUUACGAGAAUAUUUACACAGGCUUGAUUAGCGAAUUCAGCAGGUUGGCAUUACCACCAGUCAGAGGAUUUAUUGGUUUUUGGUCUAAUAAAUGAAGACCAGAAAUUCUGUACCUGCGUGUUUGGGUCUGAGGGAACUGAGGGGAUUCAGACGAGGUUUCCACAAAGCCCAUUGAAUGUGUCUGCAUUUCCACGUCUGCUUGGACAAUGCACUGAAACUUACUGUAUUUAGUAGUUUAACCUACUACUGAAAAAUGUUUAAUGCUUAAAUGUCUAAUUAAAAAGCAUCUUUAGAAUGUUGAAUGGGAAAGUGUCUUUUCUGCUCUAUCAGUUCUUUAUGUUGUACAUGGAUUAAAUAUCUACUUCCUUCUCUUCAGGUUGUCACUAUGUAAUAAAAGAUAUAUAAAUAUGUUAUUAUUUCUUAAA